GUUCCGGCCCCGGCGCCCCGCAUACCGAAUGGACGCGCGGGUUGGGUAGAGCCGUCCUCGCCACUGGAGGCCAGGCCGGGCCCAGCCUCGGCUCUACCUAUAACAACGAGACAAAUAAAGGAAUGGAAAGCUCCCCCUCCUUGUCUGAGCAGACAUUGCGUAAAUGAGAUCAGCCCAAGUGGAUUAACAUACUGAAGCAUUUCCACCAGCGAGUCCAAGUACUGGAAUAAAAACAUGAUGUCAGAAAUAUGAAAUUGAAGCAAAAGGAAAAGCAUAACGUCAUCAAACCCUUUCCCCCAUUCACGUCGGCAUGUUCUCCAAAAUCCAGGAGGAGCAGUAGGGGAAGGGAAGAAGCCUGCACUGAACUGACCGGCCAUCCAUUUGCCAUAAACACCUUGGAAUAUGGAGCUAUAAAGGAGGAAGACCAUUUUGCAAGGAGACCAAGGAAAAAGGAUGAGGAUCCAAACACCCCAAAGCCUGUGAGUUUCAAAGUGAAGGAGACUGUGUGCCCCAAGACGACACAGAGGCCCCUGGAGCAGUGUGAUUUCAAAGACGAUGGGCUGGUGAAGCAGUGUGAAGGGACAGUCAUCCUGGACCAGAACAGGGGCUACUUUGACAUCAACUGUGAUGCGAUUCUACAAGUCAGGAAAUUGGGCCAGCUGGGUGAGCUCAUCCAACGAGGUGGGCAGAAGAUUGGUGAGAAGAUUCAGAACAUUGGCCAGAGAAUCCGUGACUUUUUUAGCAAUCUUCGCCCCAGGCAAGAGGCCUAAGGGUCUGCUUUUCCCUGGCUUAGGCUUCUGGACCCUGCAAAAUAAAUUUUUGUGAAAGCAA